CACGGGGCGGGGCAGUAGCUUUCAACGUUUCCGUCAACAUUCAUCACCAUCCCUGCAACACCUCGAUAAUGAAGUCUAGGUGGUCAACGUUGAUACCAAGUCCACAUCAGAAAUCACCAAACAACCCGCACUCGCUUUUGCUUUUGCCUUUGCCUUUGCAUUUGCUUCAGCCACGUCUCGGCACUUGAUUUAACUUUGGGAGCUUCUACUCACCAAGUCGACGUCAUGUCUUCGAAGAAGACCACCAGAAAGAGCUCCCAUAGCCAUCGGUCCACGCUUUCACUACAGAAGACCGAGAUAGUGAUUAAUAUUUACGAUUUACUGCCAGUAAGUGCGUGAGGAAUCAGAGCUGGGAGUUUAUUCUUCUGCAUACCGGCACCGUCAUCUACUUUCCUCGAGUACAAUCGCUGACGUCCCCAACAGCCAGGCAGACUAUCUACAAUUCUUUGGACGGUUGGCGCCUCCCUUCUACACUCAGGCGUCGUAAUAAACGGCAAAGAAUACGCAUAUGGAGGCCACGAUAGACGUGGAAUGACAGGCGUAUACUGGACCAAACCCAAAGCUGAACCACCAGGAGGAACCUUCAAAUGCGAGAUCCUGCAAGGCUUCACCAUCUCGCCGCAAGCGGAAAUAGACACCAUCGUAAGAGAAGCCUCCGAGGAAUUCCAAGGCACUUCAUAUAAUCUCCUCACGAGGAACUGCAAUCACUUCACCCAAUAUCUAUGUGAGAAGCUCACGGGUCAGCCAGGUCCCGGUUGGUUGAAUCGCGCGGCGAGUAUUGGUGUUGCGCUACCGUGUGUGGUGCCGAGAGAAUGGAUUGCCCCUCCGGAUUUUGAGACUGCGGAUGGAGAGCUGUUGGAUGAGGAACAGGACAAUUCCCACGAACGCUCGAGAAUGCUGGCCGAAACAGAUCAUAGUCACGAAAGGUAUAGUUUUGACGAGGGAAGAGCAGAUUUCUCGCACGAAGAAUGGGAUACGGGUGAGAAUACGGCCAAGGGUAAAGGCAAGCGUCCAGUUCAUGAUACUGCAGGAAGAGUUGUUCCUCCUGCCGACAGAGCCCCCACCAAGGCCAAAAAGUGAUGCGAUUGUCCACCAUGAUAUCAUUUCUUUUGUUACAUCAGCGAGGGAGUAGGAGUUUCUGGCGCAGCAUUUUGAUACUACAGGCGUUGAUGGUUCUCACGGAUGAUACCAAAAUCAUAUUGUACAGAUGGUACAAUAUUUGUACAGAAUACUUCCAAGCAGCUAGCUUUCCUUUGUUCCCUGGUAUGGAGAAAAUGACAUAGGCCUCCAACAUACCCAAUCAACCCAGACGUCUUGGCUUCGGACUCCUCGUACCACCAAAUUUCAGUCUGGUGGCAUCCGCAACCUUGACAAUCUUAUGCCUCAAGUUCUUCCCUUCCAAUCCCAAUAAUG